UGUUUUCACCGAAAGAAGUAUUCUCCAAACGUCAAUGUCAAUAUCCAAAAGUCAAUUUUUGUUGAUAUUUUUGUUAACGCGCAAAGAACCCGUGGAAGAUUAGAAAGAAACCGUAUUGAAAGUCAUGUCAGAAGGCAAAAAGCUUCACCAAUACAUUGCGGCGGUGUCAAUCUGCAUCGGAUCUCUUGCAGCAGGUACCAUCUUAGGCUGGACGUCGAACAUCACAGAUGAGCUCAAGGCUGGGAAACUGAACGACCUCGAUAUGGACGAUACGGAGCUGGGCUGGACAGGAUCGUGCAUGAACCUAGGAGCCAUGAUAAUGUGUUUCCCGAUCGGCUGGAUAGCUGAUUGGCUAGGCAGGAAACCGACAGUGCUUCUGACCAUAAUCCCGUUCACUAUCGGCUGGGUUCUCAUAACCUUCGCCCAACACGUCGCCAUGGUAUACGUCGGAAGGGUGUUGGUGGGUGUAGGCGGAGGCUCCUUUUCUGUAAUAGCUCCGCUAUACACGAGCGAGAUCGCCCAGACUGAGAUCAGAGGAACUUUAGGAACCUUCUUCCAGCUGUUCAUCACCAUCGGCAUUCUCUACUCCGGCGUUUUUGGCUACGCUUUGCCCAUGAUGGUCUUCAACUUUGCCUGUCUCAUCGUGCCUCUGGUCUUCGGCGUGGUGUUUUUCUUCCAACCGGAAUCCCCGGUGUGGGAUCUGAAAAAAGGCAGGAACGUUAACGCGGAGAAAAAUUUCAAAAAACUCCGUGGCGAGGAAUAUGACGCAAGCGGAGAAGUAGCGGCUAUAUUGAAGGAAAUUGAGGAGGACAAGCAGCGUCAGAACUUCUGGGUCGCGAUGAAGACCAAGGCUUCGAAGAGGGCUACUCUGAUCUGUUUCAGCUUGAUGUUCUUCCAGCAAUUCAGCGGAAUCAACGCAGUUAUGUUCUACAGCAAGGAGAUCUUCAUCGACGCUGGAUCUUCUCUGCCAACUCCCUGGUGUGUCAUCAUCAUCGGCGUCGUACAAGUUAUAGCGACCCUCUUCGCCGCGUGGGCAAUGGAUAAAGCCGGUCGCAAAGUGCUGCUGAUGGCUUCGGGUGGAGGCAUGUCUUUUUCUUCGUUCCUGCUUGGACUGUUUUUUUCCCUGAAGAACCACGAAGUGCUGGAUAAGGACGGAAUAGAGAACAUCGGGUUCCUGCCAAUUCUCUCUCUGGUCAUCUUCAUCAUCGCCUUUUCCGUGGGGUUAGGACCCAUACCCUGGCUGGCUUCUUCUGAAAUUUUCUCUCCAGACAUCAAGGCGAAGUGUAGUUCUGCGGCAGCCACGUUCAAUUGGUUCCUGGCGUUUUUGGUGACGAAGUUUUACUUGGAUCUCGCCGAUGCUAUGGGAAACGACAUGACCUUCUACAUAUUCACUGUGAUUUCGGCGAUUGAAGUUUUUUUUGUCCUGUUCUUUGUGCCCGAAACAAAGAACAAGUCAUUCGCGGAAAUUCAGGCAGAGAUCGGAGGUUGAACGCUUUCUGAUACGAAUGUAUUUCUUCAAAAUUAAAAGUCGAUAUU